AUGAGAUGGCUGAGUGGCGAGGUAAAAAAGGAUUUGAAGGAUUUGGGCAAUUCUAAUAUCUCUGGGACUUUAGGUUCAGAGCUUGGCGAGCUCAAGCAUCUACAGUACUUGGAGCUUUAUAGGAAUGAGAUAGGAGGUAAAAUCCCAAAAGCAUUGGGUAAGUUGAAGAAUCUUGUCAGCAUGGAUUUGUAUGAAAAAAGAUUUGAAGGAGAAAUCCCAAAAUCUUUAUCCAAGUUAAAGUCACUCAGAUUUCUACGGUUAAGCAACAACAAGCUGACAGGGUCAAUCCCAAGGGAGCUCACCAACCUCUCUAACCUCAAAGUUUUCGAUGUUUCGAACAACAAUCUAUGUGGAACAGUUCCUGUAGAUGGCCCUUUUGCCACAUUCCCAAUGGAAAGGUACCUACCAUCACACUAUUCCUUGACCAAAUCAGAUAUAUAUACCAGGCUAUUUACUUUUAAUAGAGUACUUGGAGAUCACAGUGAUCUCCUAAUUGCUUCUUUUCCCCCAUCCAAGGCAUGGAACAAAUCAUUGCCUAAAGGAUAGCAUGAAAUGUCUCAAAUAACCGAGUUUCCAAAUGAGUUAUAUGUUGGGUUUGGUCAUCUAGAGAAUGUUAAGGUCCCAUGUAAGGACAUUAAAAUGUGUAUUCCCGACACUCACACAUACAUAUAU